GGCCGGGCCGGUUGCGGUGACCCUCCUCUCCCCUCUCUCCAGGCCCCGGCCUCCCUCUCUCUCUCCUCCGUUUCUUCCCCCCUGGCCGAGGAGUACGGGGGUCCACAGCUUUGGUUGCCCUCUCUCUCAUGGUUGGUGGCACCUCCCUAGCUUGGCGAAACUAAUCCCACUAGCCGGUGUCAGGAGCUAUAUAUAACCACCUCCAUUGUAGCUUGCUUCCUUGUACCCCAUCACCGGCCGGCCUCGAUCAAUUCCCUUUGCAUGCCUAGCUGCUGCUGCUGCUGCUGCUGCUUGCUUUCUUCUCCGAUCCGAUCGUUCUGAAAUGUCAAUGGUAGUGGUCGACGUCUGAAGAAUCAUACAUCUUGAUUAUAGACUACAGUAGUAGUACACUUGUGUUCAUUGCUCCUGCUAGAUAGAUAUCAUUGGCCGUUGCAGCUAGCAAGUACAGUAGUGCUAGCAGCAGGGCUUGGCUUGCAGCAGUGAUCAUCGAUCAUGAGCAUCUCGGUGAACGGGCAGUCCGUGGUGCCGCCGGGGUUCCGGUUCCACCCCACGGAGGAGGAGCUGCUCACCUACUACCUCAAGAAGAAGGUGGCCUCGGAGCGCGUCGACCUCGACGUGAUCCGCGACGUCGACCUCAACAAGCUCGAGCCAUGGGACAUCCAAGAGAAGUGCCGCAUCGGGUCGGGCCCCCAGAACGACUGGUACUUCUUCAGCCACAAGGACAAGAAGUACCCGACGGGGACGCGCACGAACCGCGCCACGGCGGCCGGCUUCUGGAAGGCCACCGGCCGCGACAAGGCCAUCUACACCGCCGCCCGCCGCAUCGGCAUGCGCAAGACGCUCGUCUUCUACAAGGGCCGCGCCCCGCACGGCCAGAAGUCCGACUGGAUCAUGCACGAGUACCGCCUCGAGCUCGACGACGCCCACGCCGCCGCUGCCGCCGCCGGCGACCCCUACUACCCCUCGCCGCCGCCCGACGCCGCCGCCGCAAUCCGCGGCGCUGCGGGAGACCAAGCGGCGCAGGAGCAGGAGGGGUGGGUGAUCUGCCGGGUGUUCAAGAAGAAGAACCUCCUGCCCCACGGCCAGAGCGGCGGCGGCGGCGGCGCCACCACCUCGGCGACAGGCGGUGGCCACGGGGCGGCGCCCAUGGAGGGCAGCCCGAGCAACUGCUCGUCGGUGACGGUCAGCGACCACGCUAAUAAGCCGCAGAUGCUCCACCACUCCGCCAGCGACGACGCGCUCGACCACAUCCUCCAGUACAUGGGUAGCAGGCCCUGCAGCAGCAGCAAGCACCACCAGGACACCAAGCCCGCGCUGCUGGAUCACCACCACCACCUGGCUGCAACAACUGCGGCGGCGGCGGCGUGCCACAGCAGCAGCCUCUACGGGAGGUUCAUGAAGCUCCCGCCCCUCGAGCACGCCGGCGGCGGCCUGCUCCCAAGCCCUGGCGAGUACGGCGGCCCCGCCGACGCGUCGGGGAUCGCCGACUGGGACACGCUGGACCGGCUGGCCGCGUACGAGCUCAACGGCCUCUCCGACGCGUCCAAGACCAUGGCCGCCUUCUUCGACGAUCCCAGCAGCACCGCCGGCGCCGCGGCCUUCUCCUCCGCCGCGCACGCGACCGUGGCCGGCGACGGCGACCUGUGGAGCCUCGCACGGUCGGUGUCGUCGUCGUUGCACGCGGACUUGACGAUGAACAACGUGUAGCUGCUAUCAGCAGCCCAGACACAACACAGCGUCCAUGCAUUGCCGCGCCACCACUAACUCCAUCUACUACAAGCGUGUGCUCGUGCGUGCGCUCCCGUGCAUGGCCGCCGUAUCGCACGCUCGCACGCACGUGUGUACACAGUACACGUACGUGAAUAAUCCCUAGGGAGACAGAGCCGUCGCUGAUGAUGUCGUGUGUCCAAGUGAUGGAGCUCGAGAUGUGAGCUCGUAACUAAAAGACAUCAACAAAAGGACAGUGUGGUAGAGCUAGGAGAACACAUGUAUUAUUAUCUAUCAUUCGUAUGUACCUAUAGCUUAAUUGCUACUAUUAUAAUUAAACUGCUUUUGGUUUUAUAGUGCA